AUGGCGCAUCAUCUAGGGACUCCCCCUUCCGGUAUGAACAUGGAAUCAGUCUGGGUUUCGCUCCCAAAACCAAGCAGUGACGGGACUGAAUCAACGGCAGACCGUAUUCGCAGAGUGCAAGCAGACUUGGGCGAAAUUUAUACCUUCUACAACAUUUCCAUAUCACCCACGCGACGGAGCCGCCUGGAUAGAUUCUGCGCCGAUGAACUAGAGUCCCUCAGCCACGUUGAGUUUGAUGCGCUGAAUCAACAGGAUAAAGUCGACUACAUUUUGUUGCGUAAUUUUUUAAGGCAGUGCAGGGCGCGGCUGAAGUCUGAUCAGGACGCAGAUAAGAGCAGGGCACCAUUGCUACCGUUCGCAGCCAUCAUUGUGUCUCUAUGUGAGCAUCGAGAGCGCGUCAAACCCAUUCGCCCCGAGCACAUUGCAAGCAAACUCAACGAUGUGAAAAAGUUGGUCGACAAGGUACAUCAAGAGGUCGAGGAUGGAAAGGUAAAGACCAGCAAGACCAACGCUUACAAGGCAUCCAAAGUCAUCAGCGAGCUUCGUAGCCACCUUGCCGAGAUGUUCAAGUUCUAUUCGUCCUACGAUCCUCAGUUUGAUUGGUGGGCUACCUCACCUUGGGAGGCAGUCGAUGCAGCGUUGGAGAAAUAUUUCUCCCUGGUCCAGAGCAAGUUGGCCGGUAUACGCCCCGAUGGCAAGGGCGAUAUCAUCGGCCAACCCAUUGGACGUGAAGCACUCCUCAAUGAGCUUGAAGCAGAAGUCAUUGCCUACGCACCAGAAGAGCUGGUACAAAUUGCCAACCAGGAGUUCAAGUGGUGCGAGCAGCAAAUGAAACUAGCCUCGACGGAACUCGGAUUUGGUGACGACUGGAAAAGAGCCCUCGAGCAUGUCAAGACGAAAUUCGUGCCCCCGAGUGAACAGCCCCAACUCGUCAUGCAACUUGCCCGCCAGGGAGCCGACUUUGUCCGAGACAAUGACCUCGUCACGGUUCCGCCUUUGGCCGAAGAAACCUACCGCACCAUCAUGAUGCCAGCCGAGCAGCAAAAGGUCUCGCCCUUCUUCCUCGGCGGAUCCAUGAUCCAAAUCGCAUAUCCCACCAACGACAUGCCGUACGACCUCAAGCAGAUGGUCAUGCGUGGAAACAACAGACACUUUUCCAAAGCCACUGUGUUUCACGAGCUCAUUCCCGGCCACCGGCUGCAGCUCUAUCAAGCCGAACGGCACCGAAGCCAUCGCUUACUGUUCCAGACCCCCUUCUUCGUAGAAGGAUGGGCCAUGUACUGGGAAUUCGUCCUCUGGCAGCGCGGCGAUUUCUUCGUCUCACCAGAGGACCGAAUCGGCACCAUGUUCUGGCGCAUGCACCGCUGCGCUCGCAUCAUUCUGUCUCUGAACUUCCAUUUGGGCAAGAUGGAGCCCCAAGAGUGUAUCGACAUUCUGGUCAACUGGGUCGGGCACGAGCGGUCUACGGCCGAGGGUGAAGUGAGACGGUGGCUGAACGGAGAUUACGGCCCUCUUUAUCAGAUUGCGUACAUGAUUGGUGCUCUGCAGCUCGUCGAGCUGAGAAGAGAGGUGCUCACGUCUAACAGGAUGACCGAGAAGAAGUUUCACGAUACCAUUCUUACGUAUGGUGCUAUCCCUAACGAACUCGUGCGGGCUUUGGCAUUAGACCUAGAUUUGAAGCCGGACUACAAGGCAAAAUGGAGAUUCUACAAAGGGUAA